AUGUAUGAAGUCACCGAAGAGCCACUGGGCCAUCCCCGGCCAAUACGCGUGAUCGUAGUAGGAGCAGGUGCAAGCGGCCUAAACCUGGCUCGUCACAUGGAACUGCACAUGAAGAAUUUUGAGCUCACUAUUUACGAAAAGAAUGCGGAUGUGGGAGGAACUUGGUUUGAGAAUCGGUACCCUGGGUGUGCUUGCGACAUUCCAUCUCAUAAUUAUCAGUUCACCUGGGAGCCCAAUCCGGAGUGGACUCAUUACUACUCGCCAUGGAACGAGAUCCUCCAGUACUUUCAGGGCAUAGCGCACAAGUAUGAACUUUACAAGUACAUCAGGUUGCGCCAUAGCGUCUCCGAGGCGAUCUGGAAUGAGGAACAAGGAAUCUGGAAGGUCAAGAUGCAUGCUCUGGAUUCGGGUGAGAUGGUCGAAGAUCAGUGCCAUAUUCUGAUCAACGGAAGCGGAAUUCUCAACAAUUGGAAGUGGCCAGACAUUCCAGGGCUUCAUUCGUUCAAUGGAAGUCUCGUCCACAGUGCGACAUGGGAUGCGGAUCAGACUGUAGAUGGCAAAAGAGUCGCAGUGUUGGGAUCGGGUUCCUCUGGCAUACAAAUCAUUCCAACAAUACAGCCCGUCGUAAGCUCAUUGUUUGCAUUUGUGCGCAGCCCAACAUGGAUCACCGCGGGGUUCGCACAGAGUCAUGCUGGGCCUGGGGGCGCGAACUUUGCCUUUUCCGAGGAGCAGAAACGGGAGUUUCGAGAGAAUCCCGACGUAUAUCGUCGAUAUCGGAAGGAGAUUGAAGGAGAAUUGAACACCAGAUUCAAAUUCAUUAUUGCGGAUAGUGAAGAGCAAGCCACUGCGCGGCAGUUCUCCAUCAACGAGAUGAAGAGCAAGCUCAAGGAUGAAGCAUUGUUGCAACACUUGAUGCCCGGCAAUUUUGCCGUCGGCUGCAAACGACCGACACCGGGAAAUGGCUUCUUGGAAGCGCUUUCCGAAGACAACGUCCGCGUCAUCACGGAUAAGAUAUCUCGAGUAUCGUCAGAUGGAAUAGUCCUGGCAACAGGAGAGGAGCUGAAAGUCGACACGCUCAUCUGUGCCACUGGAUUUGACAUUGGCUUUUGUCCUCGAUUCAAGCUGAUUGGACGAGAUGGACGCGACAUCAAAGAAGAAUGGCGAGAAAAGCCUGAAGCAUACUUGUCGACCGCCGCGGCAGGUUUCCCAAACUACUUUAUGUUUCUGGGGCCAAACUCGCCUGUCGGACACGGGUCUGUCCUGCCCAUCAUUGAGCAUGCAACCAAGUACAUCAUCAACAUGAUGAAAAAGAUACAGACUCAAAACAUCAAAGCGGUUGCUCCAUUACCCGCAGCGGUUCGAGAUUUCAACGAACAUGUCGCUGAAUUCAUGAAGAGAACAGCUUGGGCUACGCCAUGUCGGUCGUGGUUCAAAAAUGGCACGGUUGAUGGGCCAAUUGUGGCUUUGCACCCGGGGAGUCGCAUACAUUGGUUCCAUGCGAUGCAGCAUAUCCGUUUUGAGGACUUUGAGUACAAGUAUUUCAGUCACAAUCGCUUCCGAUAUCUUGGCCAUGGCUUCUCCACCAAGGAGGAGCCGGGGCUGGACACAACGUGGUACUUUGACACGCCAGAAGAAGGCUACAACGACUAUUGA